GGAAGUCGGUCAGUGAGCUGGUGGCAGCAGCCGGGGCGGCCGAGAGGGGACCGACGACGGGUCGCAGUGCGGGGGCCCCGCUCCCCUUGGCUGUGCAGGUCCUGCGGGGAGGGCGCCGGCCCGGCCCGGGGAGACCCACGCCCGCCAUGGUCCCCUGCUGGAACCAUGGCAACAUCACCCGCUCCAAGGCCGAGGAGCUGCUCUCCAGGACCGGCAAGGACGGGAGCUUCCUCGUGCGCGCCAGCGAGUCCGUCUCCCGGGCGUACGCGCUCUGCGUGCUGUACCGGAAUUGCGUUUACACUUACAGGAUUCUGCCCAAUGAAGAUGAUAAAUUCACUGUUCAGGCAUCCGAAGGCGUCCCCAUGAGGUUCUUCACCAAGCUGGACCAGCUUAUCGAGUUUUACAAGAAGGAAAACAUGGGCCUGGUAACCCACCUGCAGUAUCCUGUGCCGCUGGAGGAGGAGGACGCAGGCGAUGAGCCGGAGGAGGAGACAGAAGGAGUCCUGUCUCCCCCCGAGCUGCCACCCAGAAACAUCCAUUUAUCUGCCGGGCCAUGUGAGGCCAAGGAGGUCCCUGUUUCCAACGAGAAUCCUCGAGCCACGGAGGUCAGCCGGCCAAGCCUCUCGGAGACGUUGUUCCAGCGCCUGCAGACCAUGGACACCAGUGGGCUUCCAGAAGAGCAUCUGAAAGCGAUCCAAGAUUAUUUAAGCACUCAGCUCACCCUGGACUCUGAUUUUGUGAAGUCGGGCUCCUGCAGUCUGCCUCAUCUGAAGAAACUGACCGUGCUCCUCUGCAAGGAGCUCUAUGGCGAAGUCACCCGGACCCUCCCUACCCUGGAAUCUCUGCAGAGGCUGUUUGACCAGCAGCUCUCCCCUGGCCUGCGUCCACGGCCUCAGGUGCCUGGUGAGGCCAAUCCGAUCAACAUGGUGGCCAAGCUCAGCCAACUGACAAGUCUCCUGUCUUCUAUUGAAGAUAAGGUCAAGGCCUUGCUGCAUGAGGGUCCCGAGUCUUCCCACCGGCGUUCCCUCAUCCCACCAGUCACCUUUGAGGUGAAGUCAGAAUCUCUGGGGAUUCCUCAGAAAUUGCAGCUCAAAGUUGAUGUUGAAUCUGGGAAACUGAUAAUUAAGAAGUCCAAGGAUGGUUCUGAGGACAAGUUCUACAGCCACAAGAAAAUCCUGCAGCUCAUCAAGUCUCAGAAGUUUCUGAACAAGUUGGUGAUUUUGGUGGAAACAGAGAAGGAGAAGACCGUGCGGAAGGAAUAUGUUUUUGCUGACUCCAAAAAGAGAGAAGGCUUCUGCCAGCUCCUCCAGCAGAUGAAGAACAAGCACUCGGAGCAACCGGAGCCCGACAUGAUCACCAUCUUCAUCGGCACCUGGAACAUGGGUAACGCCCCCCCUCCCAAGAAGAUCACGUCCUGGUUUCUCUCCAAGGGGCAGGGAAAGACGCGAGAUGACUCUGCUGAUUACAUCCCCCAUGACAUUUACGUGAUCGGCACCCAGGAGGACCCCCUGGGAGAGAAGGAGUGGCUGGAGAUACUCAAACAUUCCCUGCAAGAAAUCACCAGCAUGACUUUUAAAACAAUCGCCAUCCACACCCUCUGGAACAUCCGCAUAGUGGUGCUGGCCAAGCCCGAGCACGAGAACCGGAUCAGCCACAUCUGCACCAACAACGUGAAGACGGGCAUCGCCAACACGCUGGGGAACAAGGGAGCCGUGGGGGUAUCGUUCAUGUUCAAUGGAACCUCCUUGGGGUUUGUCAACAGCCACCUGACUUCCGGAAGCGAAAAGAAACUCAGGCGAAACCAAAACUAUAUGAACAUUCUCCGGUUUCUGGCUCUGGGAGACAAGAAGCUGAGCUCCUUUAACAUCACUCACCGCUUCACCCACCUCUUCUGGCUCGGGGAUCUCAACUACCGCGUGGAGCUGCCUGCCUGGGAGGCAGAAACCAUCAUCCAGAAGAUCAAGCAGCAGCAGUACGCAGACCUCCUGUCCCAUGACCAGCUGCUCAUGGAGAGAAAGGAGCGGAAGGUUUUCUUGCACUUCGAGGAGGAAGAAAUCACAUUCGCCCCCACUUACCGUUUUGAAAGACUGACUCGGGACAAAUACGCCUACACUAAGCAGAAAGCCACAGGGAUGAAGUACAACUUGCCCUCCUGGUGUGACCGAGUCCUCUGGAAGUCUUACCCUCUGGUGCACGUGGUGUGUCAGUCCUACGGCAGCACCAGUGACAUCAUGACAAGUGACCACAGCCCUGUUUUUGCCACAUUUGAGGCAGGAGUCACCUCCCAGUUUGUCUCCAAGAACGGCCCCGGGACUGUCGACAGCCAAGGGCAGAUUGAGUUUCUCAGGUGCUACGCCACACUGAAGACCAAGUCCCAGACCAAAUUCUACCUGGAGUUCCACUCGAGCUGCUUGGAGAGUUUCGUCAAGAGUCAGGAAGGAGAAAAUGAAGAAGGAAGUGAAGGGGAGUUGGUAGUGAAGUUUGGCGAGACCCUUCCAAAGCUGAAGCCCAUCAUCUCUGACCCCGAGUACCUGCUGGACCAGCACAUCCUGAUAAGCAUUAAGUCCUCUGACAGUGACGAAUCCUACGGCGAGGGCUGCAUUGCUCUACGGUUAGAGGCCACGGAAACUCAGCUCCCCAUCUACACGCCUCUCACCCACCACGGAGAAAUGAUGGGUCACUUCCGGGGGGAGAUUAAGCUGCAGACCUCCCAAGGCAAGAAGAGGGAGAAGCUCUAUGACUUUGUGAAGACGGAGCGGGAUGAGUCCAGUGCACCCAAGUCCCUGAAGAGCCUCACCAGCCAGGACCCCAUGAAGCAGUGGGAACCUGCCAACAGGGUCCCUCCAUGCGGUGGCUCCAGCAUCACUGAAAUCAUCAACCCCAACUACAUGGGAGUGGGGGCCUUCGGGCACGUGAAGCAGACCCUGUCCCCCGACCAGCAACCCACCGCCUGGAGCUACGACCAGCCGCUCAAGGACCCCUCCCUGGGGCCUGGAAGGGGGGAGAGCCCUCCAACACCGCCCUCCCAACCGCCCAUAUCACCCAAGAAGUUUUCAUCAUCGACGGCAACACGGGGCCCCUGCCUCAGGACGCAGGAGCCAAGGCCCGGCGACGUGGGGAAGAGCGCGGGGGAACCUUUGCCUCCGGAGGACCCGCAGCUGACCAAGCCCGAGAUGUUUGAGAACCCGCUGUACGGGUCUGUGAGUGCUUUCCCUAAGCCGGCUCCCAGGAAGGAGCAGGAAUCCCCCAAGAUGCUGAGGAAGGAGCCCCCGCCCUGCCCGGACCCGGGAAUCUUGUCGCCCAGCAUCCUGCUUUCCAAAGCCCAGGAGGCCGAGGGCGGCAAGGGGACGGGCAAGCCCGCGCCCGCGCCCGCGCCCUUCCUCAGCCCCACGCCCCGGCUCCGCUCUUUCACCUGCUCGUCCUCCACCGCCGAGGGCCGCCCGCCGGGUGGGGACAAGGGAAGCCAAGGGAAGCCCAAGGCCCCCGCCGGCUCGCAGGUCCCGGUGCCGGCCAAGAGGCCCAUCAAGCCUUCCAGGUCAGAACUCAGCCAGCAGCCCCCGGCGCAGCGGCCACCCCUCCCGGUCAAGAGCCCGGCCGUCCUGCACCUGCAGCACUCCAGGGGCCGUGACUACCGCGACAACGCCGAGCUCGCCCACCUCGCCAAGCACCGGCCCGAGGACGCGCCGCCGCCCGGCCGGGCCGCCAUGCAGUGAAGCCCCUGGUGAGCUGCCAGCCAGAUGGGAGCCCAAAGGAGCAGCACGAAGCUGCUGGGACCCUCUCCCAGGACCCCUGUUCGCUCCUCCUACCCAGCUUCCUACGCAGGGCUUCGUCUUUUUCAGGAGAGGGUCUAGCUUCUGUGUGGUCAGCAAGGUGCACUGGCUGUGAAACUUGACACCCAGCACUGAAGUUGGAAGGAAAAACCCACCUGAUGGGCACCAAACAACCCGCACACCUGGGCCCCCAGCUUGAUCUUGGUACUUGGGACCCAAGAGCCUUGUUCCGGCUGCCAUUUGGAAGAAGGGAACUAAAGCGCUGAUUUGUGCGUAGAGAUAUAAAUAAUAAUAAUAAUAAUAAUAUUAAUAAUAAUAAUGGCUACAUGUAGGGAGCACUCAGCACCUGCCAGGUACCGUGCUGAGUGCUUUAUGAACAUUAUGAGUUGAGUCUUUAGCCAACUAAAACCACAUUCCCAGACCCCUCGGUUCAAAACAGUAUGUCCUGAGUGGUUUGGACAAAGCAUUAAAAAUUAAGGCUAGUGCCCUCCUGUCGUGAGACAGCGCUUGGCCUUUAGGGAGCUCUGAGGAAUGAGUGGUUAAUUUAGGGUACAGUGAACCUGGCCUUGUCUAGCUUCAGUGAUGCAAACUGCUUUAGCUAAAGCUGCCGGGGUCCGGCAGAGCCGGUGUGGAGAACAGGGAUCUCUGGGUCAUCCGAGUUCUUUAGUCGGAAGAAGAAGAAAGAGUAUCAGCUCCUACUCUCCGGUGAAGAGAUCUGGCUUCAGCCUGGACUGGCGAUGCCCAGGCUCGUGCCGGGUCCCCCAUGCCCUCCUGCAGGUGGGCAGGCACCGCCAGGCCAUGGAAUGAGCCGCACCCCGAGCCUUAUCUCAUCGUGCUAAUAGAAGAGUCUGUGCUGUUUGUUAGUUGCUGCAGAAAGCCAGCUUUCCCACCUGGCUGCCGGCGAGGGCGGGCCUCUUGGUUCCCGGCUCUCAAAGCAGUGCAGCCUUUUCUUUCCGAACUCUGUGGCUUUUGGCCCUGCUUCCUUGGUUACUAGGAGAAUGGAUUGGUGAUGUUUGUUCUUGUGUUGCUUUUUGACAUAAUGAAAUUAAUGUAGGAAACCAAAUCCAGAAGUGUGUGUGAGUUCAGGAGGAUGGGUACGCACCCCACAUCCCCAUGUGCGUCAGUCUGCGUGACCAAUAAAUUGUGCCUUUC